CCAAAAUAAUCUGGACACACUGACAUCUGACAGCCAACGCAGCAGAAACAAAAAAACAGCAAAAAGAAAACAUUUUGCCUACGUGUUUUGAAACCGUAAUCUUAUCGAUAACGACAAUAUCAAUCGAAGAAAUAUCGUACCGUAAACAAUAUUACAGCAAGCUCUUGGUUCGUGACGCCCUUCUAGCUCUUAGCAAGCGCUCCGCCGGAAACACCGCGUGAAAAAAAUGGUUGAACUCAGCUCCAGCAACGACCCGUUCCAGCACGGAUUCCCGAACGCGGUCUUCAUCAUCCCGGCAAUCGUCGUGAUUGGACUCGGUGGUAUGUACGGACUAGGAAGAGCUGUGGGGGUAAUUUUGAGGGAGGGUUUGUUCGGUCAGGACGUUUCCCUAUGGUCCUAAUGAAAGCCGACAAGAGAGGGAUCUUUUCAAUGUACCGGUGUGUCCAAGAUGAGGUUCUUAGAAGCAUUUGGCAUGAGCUGGAGCUUGACUUUACCAAGUAACCGGAGAACAUACCCUUGGUACGUUGGGCUAUCCUGAUGGUAAAUGAGGCUCGUUAGGCAUUUGCGUCUCCCAAUCGGCACAACUAGACCGUCGAACCAUCCCGGAUCCAGUUUUAAGUACUAGUUAUACCUUUAUGGGCACGUAAAAUUAGGAAUUGUUUGCUAAAAUUAUAAUCUGUCUAAGCCCUAAUCUCCCCUUAAACAUCAAAACUCAAUUCAUUACACGUGUUCACCUUUGAUCUUAGUGCCGAUGAAGGCUACUACCAAAAAACAUGGCCUUGAACGCGUACCAUAUUGUCCGUAUGGUACCUCCUUCAAGAAGAUUUGCUUUAGAAGAGGAAGAACACGCUCAUUUUCAUCCACACACACACACACACACGCCUUACCUUGAUUAGUGGCCCUUGUGAUGCAAUAAAUGGCAUCAAACUCAUCUGCAAUCGUGUGGCAAACCCAGCCGCCCUCCAGAAGGUAACUGUUAUCAGCAUCGCACCGGGCACAGCCGCCACCAUCGCGCCUAGAAGGCCUUUCGACCACCGUCCGGGCCGCUUAUCUGGUCAGUAACCGUUUGCCGUUCGAUCCAUCCAUUGCAACCUGCUGCUUCUCGUGGCGGCGUGGUGGGUUAGCGCCGAAACAGCGUCCGGAUCUUUAUUACUCCCCCGUGUGGUGGUGUGCGCAACGCAAAAUGGGCGACGUGGCAGAGGAGCUGUUUAACGCGAUGGGCGGUCCGGAGGGUGGUGCUGGAGCUGCGGCCGAAAGUGCACCCGGUGCGGAGAAUCCGUUCAAUCCGGAAGACUUCAAGAUGCCCACGAUGGAAGACUUCCUGAGCAUGCUGGAGGGUAUGGACAAUCUGUCCGACGAGGAAAAGGAAGAGCUAAAGGCGGGCGUGUUGCAGAACGCGAUGCGCCGCAAGAUGCAGGCCGGAUUGUCGGACUAUCUCGUGUUUCUCGUGAUGCUGGCGAUUAUGCUGGCCGUGUUCGCAUUCUUCGGCUACAAGCUGUACCUGUCGCUCACGGAGAAGGAACGCAAGCGCGAAGAGAAGCUAAAGGCGAAGCAGGAGAAGAGCAAAAAGAAGAAAUGAUUCCCUGCCGGGAGGGGCAGUGGCACCACCGCUGGCGGCGGCACCGGUGAUCACUCAUCGCAUCGAACUCACCAGAGACAGCAGCAGCAGCCGUCGUUGUCGUCGUCGUCGCCGCCAGCACAGCACAAACAUUCCAGAGGAAAAAGACUUGGCAAGGCCUAGCGAAUCCAUACCACGUAAUAAUUACACGACAACACAGAUAAGAUGGAAGAGAGCGACAUAGAGAGAGAGAGAUGAGGUAUAUUUAUGGGAUAUAUCAAAAUCCCCGUUAAUCACCAAUUUUUGCAGAACAGAUAAGUGUAUAUUUACCCUCCCCAACAAUUGAAUAGCUAUUAAAGAGACUCUCGACUGUUACAAUUUUCCGAGCACUGCUCUUAGCAUCAGUAACUUGUUCCGUUUCCAUUUCCCUCCCCCCGCGACGCAACAGUAUAAGGGUAGCAGCUAUAUAGUGUGUUCACAGUUUCCGACUAUACAAACCGGUAGAGGAACGUAUUACCUUCUUCAGCUUCAUUUACAGAGGACGUAGCACAGAUUGCAAGACUUUUCUUAUCUAGAGCGACCGUACGUGUGUGUGUAUGUCUUUUUUACGAUCAGUUGAAAACAAUAGUCGAGGAUAAUCCAGUUUUGUUCGCAAUAGCUAUUACGCAAGGGACAGAAAGGCGAUACUUCAAUUAGCAGGAAGGUGAAACAGACGAUAACAGCCACAUCCAGACACACACACACAUCGUACACGCAAAGAUGUUUAUUUUCUCGUUUAUGUGCAAGAUAAUAUAUUUUAUAGAAGAAGAUGAUGAUGGACUAAGGCGAACAGAGGGAGGGACAACUACGUUUAUAUUGAAAAGAAUAUAAAUAAUGUUUCAAAUCAA